AUGCGUAGAUACGCAAAGUAUUGGCGUGACUCAGCAUCCGUAAUCGUUGCUGCUCGCAAUCGUAAUAAUGAGCCAGACGAGCAUGGAUAUAAUUACAAGGUGCUUGUAUUUAAGCGGACGGAGAACACGAGCUUUCUUCCUAACCACAUCGUUUUUCCGGGUGGAUCUUUCGAUCCACAAGACGAUACCGCAGAUUGGCUGAACGUGUUCGCCGAACAGAACAUUUCGACAGAUGCUCUGAAAGCAGUGGGUGCAAUAUCCGGUCCACGACCCUACAUCUUCUGCACAACGGAUGACGAUUUGCUGGACCGGAAUAUUUCUGUCCGACUGUGCGCCUUAAGAGAGUGUUUCGAAGAGCUGGGUGUAUUGUUGGUGGCAAGUAAGGAAAACCUUGAUGGGUUCAGUAAGGCACGGGGCGGAUUUGAUGUGCGUAGUUGGCAGACGGAUGUCCAUGAUGGUAGGAAAAAGCUACGUGAGUUGUAUGAGCAAUUACAGGAAACGCCUGACCUGUGGGGUCUGUAUGAGUGGUCCACUUGGAUAACACCAACAAACUUUAGACGCAAGCGUUUCGAAACGGCUUUCUUCCUCGCGGCACUGAACGAAAUUCCGCCCGUUUAUCCCGAGACGAACGAAGUAGAAGAAUAUAUGUGGAAAUCACCAAAAAAUUUACUUUCCGACUAUUCGGAAGAAAUACUGUGGCUAGCGCCACCUCAGGCUUACGAACUGCAUCGUUUGAGCCACGUCUACGAUAUCGAUGUGCUUGUACGGUUUGCCAAAGCGAGAAAUCGCUUGGGAUCGACCGCAUUCUGUCCCGUUACCUACCAUGCUUCCGAUGGGUUUAUCGGUGUACUCCCCGGAGAUGAUCUCUAUCCGGAAAAUUUUGACUUCAUCACCGAAAAUAAGGAUAUGAACAAAUAUGAAGAACGAACGCUGAAAGAACUAGCCGACACGGCACGAAAUCUGCAUCGCGUGGAACAUCGUGGAUUACACAGCCAAACGUACUUACACAACGGCCCCACGGUGGAUCAUCAUCUGCACGUGCUCGGACACAAUAGAGGAGGACUUUCAAAACUGUGA